AGGGCGGGCGUACCGUGCGUUUCCCUGUAAGUCCGUGUAAUGAAUUCAGCUUUCUAAGUGAGAUAUCAAAACCUUGUUCCAGUGGUUUGUAGCUUGGACUUAGCGAGAUCGUGCGUGAUUAUUUCACGGUAAAGAGGAAAUGAAUCUUCGGCCGUGGCGAUAAAGGUGAAAGUCUAAUGAUGGCAUUGAACAGCCCUAGCGGGUAUCCUCCACUCUCCCCAAAACCACUCACACCGAAGAGUCCGCGUCACUUCAUAUUCCCUCAAAAGAGUCCUUCCAUCACAUCCAGUACAUCUUCCUCGGGUUAUUAUACUCCACAAUCCGGAUGCAGUUACGAUAAGCAUGGUCCGCCAAAGAGUCCAAUCGCUCACGGUCACCGCAGCCCAGCAAGUCCGCGGCACUUUCAUUUCCCUCAAGUUGCAGAAUCGCCCUGCGAACGCACCAGUCCCAGCCACAUCGAUCGAUCGCACCACGGCCUUCACUACACCACAUCUCUCAAACAUAGUCGCCGCGAAAACUCCAGAUCACCGAAGCCUCCUCCAGUGCAUAUCCAUACAAACCCCGGCUACGUAUCUCCUAAUAGAAUGAGGAAACUGUACGGUUCGACUUCCACAGUGGGUUCACCACGGCUGGUGACGUCUCCCAGCAUUAUAUCGAGUCACACGGAUGAUUCUACGGAUGCGAUGCCUGCCACGCCGUCCGCUAUCGUCAACGACGCGGACGACGAAGCGACCGAAACCUCUUCAAGGGUUUGCCGAAAAUCCACAUCAGACUUGACCGAUUUAACGGAAGACACGCCUCAGACGCGAUCGACGAGCAUCAGUAGACCAUGUUCCCCGAUGCGAAGAGGUUCGAUGAAGGGAGGGUUGGCAUAUUUGGCGAGUAGACGGGGCUCGCGAGAGUCAACGGUGUCCAAUUGUGAUUCAGUAGAAGACAUUGGACCGCUCAAUUUCCAAAAUACGAUGCGUGGUCGACAGAGAAGAACCUCAAAUUUCUUGGAAUUACCAGUCGUAGAACACUCAAGACCAAGAGUUUGCUCGUUACCAGAGAAACCCUACAACCCUCGAUUAUCAGAUGACCUAUACAGGCUAAGAACAUUUUCCAUCACCACCAAAGGCGGAGUGGUGAAUUGCGGUGACUCCAUCUGCAACCGCCGUAGCAGAUCUAAUACUUCUGUGAACUCUACUAACAGCAGAGCAUCAGACAGAUCGCCUUUCGACGGUUCGUGCUGCUCCGGCUAUCGGCCAGUUGACUCCGCCAGCCUCGACACUCCUGACGACGAUGAACUUGAUCCGAUACCAAAAUAUCGAGUGGUACUAUUGGGUGAUUCCGGUGUCGGUAAAACUGCUCUCGUAUCUCAAUUCAUGACGUCAGAGUACAUGAACACUUACGACGCGAGUUUGGUAAAACGCGAUGAUGAGUUCGGGGAGAAGUCAGUGUCAGUUUUGUUGGAUGGUGAAGAAUCCGAACUCAUAUUCAUUGACCAUCCAAGUACAGAAAUGUCGGUGGAAAACUGCCUAUCGACUUACGAGCCCCACGCCUGCGUGAUUGUAUACUCCGUGGUUGCCAGGAGCUCGUUUAUCAGGGCUAAUGAACUGUUAUCCUACCUGGCAAGAGAGCAGUUCACAGUAGAACGGACAGCGGUUCUUGUGGGGAACAAAGCGGAUCUAGCGAGGGCUAGGCAGGUCUCCACUAAUGAGGGUAAAGCUUUGGCGACGUCGAAAGACAGCAAAUUUAUAGAGACCUCGUCCGGAAUUCAGCACAAUGUGGACGAACUGCUGGUUGGCAUUUUGAAACAGAUACGGCUGAAGGAAAGCCGAGAUAAGAAACAUGCAAAGAAAAAACAGGAAUCUAAGCCUUCGAAGCUGGCCAGCUCUCGCACCCACAUCUCACUCAGUAUCGCACGGGAGCUCCUUCAGAAGAUCUGCAUUAACGACAUAUCUAAGUCUAAGUCCUGCGAAAAUUUACACGUUCUAUAAACUUUAAAAAAAAAACUAUUUUUAAGUAGUUAGCUGUGUGUUAAGUCUUCAAACACUUUUCGUUGAUCUUAAAGAGUGGUUUUUUUGUAUUACAACUCAUCAAUACUUUCAAAUCGUUAAAUAACUAGUAUUUACAAACAUUUGGUACCUAUCUACUGAGUGCUAUCGUACUGGAUAGUCACUGCACUUAAUUGGAUAAUGUUAUGAUGAUAUCCAUUUCAUUAGUUGCAGGCACAUUAAGUGGCUAUACAGACAAUUCAAUCAGUCGUCUUUUAAUCGAUACUUAAUGUCGUGGAAAGUACAAUUUUGUAAGGCCUGAACUCCUCAUAUGCUGCUGUCACACUUACUGCAAGAUGUCAGUGUUGUCAGCAUCGCAGUGUUAUGUUUGACCUAAUGUGCACCUAAUGUGUGACUUCGCGAACUAUAAGUAUACGCAACCGACAGCGUAAGAGAAAAUCAAGCUAUAGCCAGAAAUAUUCCAGUUAAAUGUUUUAAAAAUACUUAAACAUUCAAAAAUAUCGACAUUUGUUUCUUGGUUGUACUUAAUGAUAGACGGAUGCCUUCAAAGCUGAAAUAAAAAGAUAGUCUUAGGUAGAAGGCGAAGAGCUGCCAUCCUAAAUGUUGUUUGAGCAAGAUACUUUAUUUAGAUGUUUUGAAGUUUAUCUUCCAUUAUAUAUUUUAUGUAGGUAUAAAAUAUCAAUGAUUUUUUUUUCUAUAAGUAAACUUAAUCAGUUCACUGCACCAAAAGAGCCAAAUUAAAUAAAGUUUUAUCGGAAAAAAUAAAUUAAUUUUUAGUGAAAUAAUUAUCAUUCUUGAUUUGAUAUUAUGAGUAUAAUAUUAUGAGUUGCUAUCAUAACCUACAAAAUAUCGUUUUGUGAAUCUGCUUGCAUGAUACUUGCGUUUCUUAGACAAGUAAAAAAAAAGUAAAAGAUCUUGGUCUACAAGUAAAUACGAUCCCAUCAAAUUAUCUUAGAUAUUGUUGACAAAGAGCAAAGGAAGAGUCCUUGAGAAAUAAAUAUUAAUGUAGGUACAUACCUUUAUAAAGGUCAUAUUAUUGAAAUUGUUAAAGGUUGAAAACAAAGAUAGGUAUACUAAGAAAAUUAAAGGGUAUACUCUUGUUGUAGAAAAACUACUGUAAGAAUUUGUCUUAGACCUUAAGUAAGACCAUCUGGUUAAUUACUUAAUUAACAAUUGAGGUUUUAACUUAUUUUUAUUUCUAUAUCGAUUUCUUUACAUAAAUGUUUUUGUGUAACGUCAGUGUAACGGUUUUAUGGAGGCACAGAUACUCCAUUUCACGUCCGCAUUUAUGUAAUUUUUGUCACUUGAUCUAGAGUAGUUGCAGCUCACUUGAACAGAACGAAGCGAAUAUCCAUGCCUACGGACAAUUUUUUUUUUUUGACUUUUUUUAAUAAAUAAUGUACUUAUUAUUGUUUACUGAGGUAGUAGUAAGUUUUCCCUGGUUGUGUAUUGUUCUUCCUCUUUUGUGUGCGUAUUACCGAUUAAUAAGUAGAAACCUUUAAAUGUUCGGCAUUAAAUCUGAUUAAUUAUAGUAUUCUCUAAAGAUUUAAAGUGUUAUAUGUUCUUUUUGGGGCCAUAUUCUUUCAGUUUUACAAAACAAUGUCAAGAAAUUAGCAGUUUUUCUUCAAAUCAUAAAAAGUCACAAUCCUUUACCAUAUUAUCAAUGUAACAACCAACUUGUGGGCAACUGAAAACUCAGCCCGUUCCAAAUUUUACUAAUCAAUUAUUAUUAUUAAUUAUUUUGGUACUUUUACUUACUUAAAUUGUUUUUCAUAUCUUGGCAACAAGUAUAUAUGUAACAACUAUCUAGGUUUCUAGAAUUAAUUUUCUAUUUUGCUACAUGGCCGAGGUACAAGGACAUCAGCUUUUCUAGUAAAUAGGAACGCGUAGGUUGACGUUUUUUCGAAUCGGGCCAUUUUUAUCCAUAAAACUCCUACAGGCUUGCGCGGAAUUCGUUUUGAUUAAGUUAAUUUGUUAUGCUGACGUAUUUCAGUCUCAACAUUUAGUUAGACCUCGUUCGCACGGGAGUUUUUUCACCCAGUGAACAUUAGUUUGGGAUAACUCAGAAAACAUUAAAAAAAAUAAGAAUGCAUAAAGACGCUAGAUUCGAAGGGUUGUACCUUUAAUUGUUUAGUGCACAAUCGUCAACAAUUUUUUGCCGUCCGACAUAACAACUUAACAUAUUAACAAAACAAAACUUUAUAUCAAAUUAAUCUACAACGCAAAUAAAAUGCUUAGGCAAUGCUAUGCAUGCUUAUGACUACCUAUAUUGACAUACCUACUCCUUCG